AAGCGACUGGAUCACUCCGCACUCUGUCGGCGGAAGUGGGGCGGGGCAUGGGCGGAGUCUGCGGAACGGCGGCUGCGCGUUCGCCGAGGGCUGCAGGACCAGGCAAGGCUCUGUGUGCUUGUUUCGGGUCUGACCGGACUGUGGCGGCUGUCACCCGGGACCUGCCAUGGCCCAGCAGAGAGCCUUGCCCCAGAGCAAGGAGACGCUGCUGCAGUCCUACAACAAGCGGCUCAAAGACGACAUCAAGUCCAUCAUGGACAACUUCACCGAGAUCAUCAAGACUGCCAAGAUUGAGGAUGAGACACAGGUGUCUCGGGCUACUCAGGGUGAACAAGACAAUUACGAGAUGCAUGUGCGAGCUGCCAACAUCGUCCGAGCUGGUGAGUCACUGAUGAAGCUGGUAUCUGAUCUCAAGCAGUUCCUGAUCCUUAAUGACUUCCCAUCUGUGAAUGAAGCCAUUGACCAGCGUAACCAGCAGCUGCGCACCCUGCAGGAAGAGUGUGAUCGCAAGCUCAUCACCUUGCGGGAUGAGGUCUCCAUUGACCUCUAUGAGCUGGAGGAGGAGUACUACUCGUCCAGGUACAAAUAGGGCUGGACUCGCAUGAAGGUGGUACCUGCUGCCUCCCCAGGCUGACUAGGGCCUUCAGGGCCUUGUGUUUUUCCAAGUCCUCCUUGACAGCAGAGCCCCUGAUGGACAGACAGUCACAGCCAGCCACCAGCUGGUGCCCAGGCCUUCCCCUCAAUGAAGUUGGGGUGAAAAAUCACAGGACUUGGUGUCAGUGGCCAGAGAAGGGCAUCCACAGGGGGCAAGGAAGUCUCCUGGGCAGUGCAGUCUGCCUUCCUGCUCUAAAUCUCUGUCUUGACACUUCAGCCAAGGCUGGAUUGGCCCCUGUGGCCUUCUAGGUCUAUAACUAUGUCCACUCCCUGAGACAUCACUGCCUACUGCUUGCCCAGAGAUUCAGUUCUAUGUAGAUAUCAUCAAAUUUCUCAGUGUAGGGGUGGGGAACACUGGGAAGGAGGAGGAAGGAGCUCAAGCAGAGUGGCUCUGAGAACUGGACUUGGGUACUUGGAUGUCCUGUUUCUGGUCAGCUCAGCCUUAUGGAGGUGUCAGACCUAGGAUAGCAUAGUUAGGAUCUGUCACCUAGUCCUCUGAAGGGCCACUUGAAACCUGACAGUUUCUGAGCUAGAGAGGCCCUGAGAAAUUAGGAGUACAGUGUGAAAUAUGUGGGAAACUGAGGCUGGAGAAUGGAGGCCUGGCUCACAUCCCCUCAGCUUGACAUUCAGAUUCUGUCCAGUGGCACUCUCUCCCAGGCAAACCUGGCUUCCCCUGGCGGUAGGUGUGGGCUCCUGCUGCACAGAAGAUGUCCAGAGCUGGGCAGUAUGUGAUCUAGGGCUUGUUUUCCCCAUCCUAGUCUUCAGGGUCACUGCCAACUGGGGCAGUUCUGGGGCUGGCCUUGAUCCCAAUAUUCAUCAGCUUAGCAAAUGAAUGGGACCAUCUCCUCUGCCCCGACUCACCAGGAUGAAUUCUUCCUGUCGCUACCCUUUAGACAAUUACUGCUUCAAGGGCCCCUGGGUGGAUCAGUCUUGGGGCAGUGACUUAGCCCUGCUAUAGGAGUUGAUGGAGGAGGGGAUGAAAUUGCUUAAGACAGAAAUCCAGUGUGCCAGGUUUCCAAAGCCUCAGUCUCUGCAUCACCUGCAUGGGUUUCUGAGACAACCAGCGUUCCUUUUGGACAGUCACCUUUUUCAUAUUCCUCAUGAUAUGGCAGUGGCCCCUCUGCCUAUGAAUUACCUUAAAUAGCAGGGCUCUUCUGUGCAGGGCCAGUGGGGUUAUUCUGUGUGCCCACACCACCACCAGCUGCCCAGCUUCCCUUCUGCACAGCUACUCCUGCCUAUAUACUCACUGCUUGCUGAUUCUGGCUUUGCCUCCCCUCCACUCUCCUGGGAUGCUACUCUUUUGGGUAGUUCAGAGGGACUGUUGGGGGCAGGUAUGUGGCUAGGGCCUUGUGCAGAUUAGAAAGCUGUGGAAACAGAUGUGCUCCAGGUAACCUGCCAUGACCGCUGAGGCUUAAUCCUUGCCUCUUCCACCUCUAUUCUUCCCUGUGUAGCAUGGGGAAAUGGAGUGUGUGAAAGUGUGGGGCUUGAAGCUGUAGGGCUGGAGCAGUGGUGUGUACAGAAAUGGACCUCUGUUCCUGACUUUUUAUAGUUAGGCCCAUUCCCUGAUAGGAACAGACAGGUCUCUGCCAUGUUGAGCUCUUUGUAAAGUCUUAUCACUGCCAUACUGUUAAUGGGUGAGCAGUCAGGAUGGGAGGAGACCCACAGGGACGGGGAUUCGUAAGUGUCAGGAAGGACAUGUGGCCCAUGGGGAGAGCUUGCCUAAGUCACUCGGUCUGUUGAUGGCAUCUUUCUGACUGCAAGGGCAGUCAGAACUGGUAGCAGAGGGGCUAGCACAGAGGAGAGGAAGGAGAGGCAAUCAGGUGAUGUUCAUUUCUUAACUCUGCAUCUGUCUUGCUUUCCCCUCCCUGGCUU